GCCUUUUCUUUUGUCCACUAUAAAACAAACCUCAUCGUCCUCUCUUGCCCUACACUCAACAAAACAAACACACUCUCUUCUUCUCAAAUUUAAGACUUAAGAGAGAAAAGAUAUGGUGAAGUUCACUAAGCAGUUUGAGGGGCAGCUUGUGCCUGAAUGGAAAGACGCCUUUGUCGAUUUCUCUCAGCUCAAGAAAGACCUCAAGAAAAUCCAUUUGCUAACCAAUGGAGUUGAGAACAAACACACAGAAACUUCUCUCAUCAAAACGAUCAAGUCUUCUUUAGGAAACAUUUCCCUUUUCGGUAACAAGGAACGGGAACACUCUAGAGCCAUCAAAGUUCAUAGAAAGCUUGCUUCUUCAGGAAGUAACAGUGACGUGUAUGAGACGGAACUUCUGGAGAAGGUUGCUGAUGAUACCCAUGCUGCGAAAGAGUUCUUCACGUGUCUGGACACACAGCUUAACAAAGUGAAUCAGUUCUACAAGACCAAGGAGAAAGAGUUCUUGGAGAGAGGAGAGUGCUUGAAGAAGCAAAUGGAGAUACUCAUUGAGCUAAAAGAUGCUUUUAAACAAAAGCAAGCCAAUGGAGAGUCUAGUCAAGAAUCAAAAGAAGAUGACUCCAUAUCAUGCACCAUCCUAUGUGAGGAAGACUCUAUCAGGAGCAGAUCAGAGCAAACAGAGCUUCAAGAAUCUUGCUUAGAGGAUUUGGAAAACAAUGGGACAGAAGCAUUGGAGUCUUCUAGAUCAGAAGAACAAAUCAAAAUCAACAACGAGAACUCGAAGUUGAGGACGGUUUCUGGUCGAGUUUUCAGCUGCCAGGGGAAGAAUCUCACGAUAAAGAUUCCACUGACAAACCCUUCUCGUACAUUCUCAGCUAUAAGUUACAUGAUCAAAGAAGAUUUGAUAAACCAAUCAUCGUCGAAGAAAAGUGGUCCAGAUGGAGUAAACAAGCUAAGAAUCAGCAAGAAAAAACUAAGUCACGCCGAGAAGAUGAUCAAAGGUGCUUUAACAGAACUCUACAAAGGGUUGAAUUAUCUCAAAACUUACAGAAACUUGAACAUGUUAGCCUUCAUGAACAUUCUCAAAAAAUUCGAUAAGGUUACUGGAAAACAAAUCCUUCCAAUAUAUCUCAAAGUGGUUGAAAGUUCUUACUUCAACAGUUCAGACAAGGUAAUAAAUCUAUCAGACGAAGUUGAAGAGUGGUUCAUCAAGCACUUCGCAGGAGAAAAUCGCAGAAAGGCAAUGAAAUAUCUGAAACCGCACCACCGUAAAGAGUCUCACUCUGUCACCUUCUUCAUUGGUCUAUUCACUGGUUGCUUUGUUGCUCUUCUUGCUGGCUACAUCAUUGUGGCUCAUUUGACUGGAAUGUAUAGAAAAUACCCUGAGAACACUUUCUACAUGGAAACUGCAUAUCCUGUACUAAGCAUGUUUGGGCUCUUGUUUCUACAUUUAUUCUUAUAUGGUUGCAACAUAUUUAUGUGGCGAAAAGCAAGGAUAAACUAUAGUUUCAUAUUCGAACUUGAGUCCGAAAAUGAGCUCAAGUUCAGAGAUGUGUUCUUGAUAUGUACCGCUUCAAUGUCUGUGAUAACCGGUGUCAUGUUUGCUCAUCUCUCGCUUCUCGCAAAAGGUUACUCCUUUGGACAAGUUCAAGUGAUCCCUGGACUUUUAUUACUGGUCUUCUUCUUAAUACUUAUUUGUCCCAUAAACAUUUUCUACAAAUCAAGUCGUUACCGGCUUAUAUCAGUCAUCAGAAACAUUGUCUUCUCACCUCUUUACAAAGUCUUGAUGCUCGAUUUCUUCAUGGCUGAUCAACUUUGCAGCCAGGUACCGAUGCUAAGGAACCUUGAAUACAUAGCCUGCUACUAUAUGACAGGUAGCUACGCAACACAGGACUAUGGAUAUUGUAUGAGAGUCAAGUACUACAGAGAUCUCGCCUAUGCAGUUUCCUUCCUCCCAUACUACUGGAGAGCAAUGCAGUGUGCAAGGAGGUGGUUUGAUGAAGGCGAAACGAGCCACCUAGUGAACCUAGGGAAGUACGUGUCAGCGAUGUUAGCUGCUGGAACCAAAGUGGCUUAUGAGAAAGAGAGGAGCAUUGGUUGGCUCUGCCUUGUGGUGGCUAUGUCAAGCAUAGCCACAAUUUACCAAUUGUAUUGGGACUUUGUAAAAGAUUGGGGUUUACUUCAACGCAAUUCCAACAACCGUUGGCUUAGGAACCAACUCAUGCUUCGCCAAAAAUAUAUUUACUACUUCUCCAUGGUUCUAAAUCUUGUUCUGAGGUUGGCAUGGCUACAAACAGUUUUGCACUCAAGUUUUGAGCAUGUGGAUUACAGAGUUACAGGAUUAUUCUUGGCUGCUCUUGAAGUUAUUAGGAGAGGACAUUGGAACUUUUACAGAUUGGAGAAUGAGCACCUAAAUAACGCAGGGAAGUUCCGAGCUGUGAAGACAGUACCACUUCCUUUCAGAGAAGUUGAUGAAGAAGACUGACCUGAUGGAAUAGGUUAUCAUUAAUAUUAUUAGCUUUGUCAGAGAUUUGGAAGAACACGAGAAGAAAAAGGAACAGAAGGAUCUGUUAUUUUCUUGAUCAACCAUGUAUUUGUGAUCUGAUCAGGAAUCUUUUGAAUUACUGUUAUUAUUAUUCUUGUCCGAAAAUUGAUGUAACUAUGAAGAAUCUUAUUUCUCCCUUCUUUCCUCAUGGUUCUUCAUAAAAAAAAAAGGAGAAAUACGAAAGAGUUUGUCUUAUUUUCUUGAGAAUUGCCAGUUAAAUUAUUUUGUAACUUCAAGGUUGUAGUGUUAAUAUUUAAGAUAGCCAAUGCAAAUCUAAAUUGGCGAGACAAAUAUGUGCUGAAAAUUAGAACAUACCUUUUAAAAACUAAUAUUACUUUAAUUUCAUGUUUCUAACUGUAAGGACAUAAAAGUAUGGGAAAUUGGAGUCUUUAUACAUAAGAAAAGGAAAAAUUAACUCCAUACCCAUAACAUCACUUUGGCUACUAUAUGUUAUAUAUUGUUGUGUAAAGUGCCAAAAAUAACCUUUUCUGCGCGUGUAAACAUCAACGAGUAUUAUUAUCUUGCAAAUUGAAAAAUUGUUUCUACUUUACAAACUCUUGCAUACAGCGAAGAAGGGAGAUUUGAAGAGUGUGCGUGCUUUCGGUCGUGCGGUAUAAGUAGGAUAUUGAGAGUUAGGGUUUCAGUGGUUUUUUUCAAUUUUACGGCGGCACAAUUGAGUUUCCAAACCCAACAAAUCAAGGUGUCUGGUUUGUUGGGUUGGAGAUAGUGAAAACAGACGAUGGAUUGAAUUGGGGAAGAUGAACAGUAACGUUGUGCAAUGUACUCUAUUCUAUUUUAUAAUUACAGUAUAGUAUGUUACAAUUCUUCUCCUCCUCUUCGGUAAAGUGUAUCUCCUUUGCCUUAUGAUUCUUCUCCUUCACUACUCCAUCAGCUUUGUUGUCUUAUCCUUCAGUAUUGUCGCUAAUAUAUAGCUUUCACCUUAUUUAUAUAUUGAGUGGUAAUGUGUAUUUGCGUUUUGAAAUUUCAUGCUUUAUAAAUGGUAUUAUUUUGCUAUUGUGUUGAAUGAAUGUUCUAAGUUAAUGGAGAUUCACAUACAUGUUUGUAUUGACAGUUUAUAUAGCUUUCAUACAAUCUUUGAAUAAACAUUACAUUAUAGUAUACUAAUCUAUUCAUCAAAAUAGUAUAGUUUCCUCUUAUGUCGCUUUCACUCUUACACUCCCUCCUACUCUUUCUCUCCUCCCCUCCCUCCCCCGAUCUCUCUUUGUCUUUCUCUCCAUUCCUCCUUCCUUUCCUCCAUACUUCUAUCUUUCCUCCUUCCUGCUCCUCCCCUUCUGUUCCUCACCUAUCCAUUUUCCUCCUUUUCCCAAUCAUCAAUAUAGUAACUAUCAUCAAUUGCCAUACUAUUCUAAAUGAAAUAUAGUAUAUUUUAGACCUUCAAGGUUAGGGUUUAGGUAGCUCCGUUAUGGGCGAUGGUUUGGUUUUACAAUUUGGAUUUAGGGUUUAGGUUAAGGGUUUACGAUUUGGGUUUAGUGUUUAGAGUUUCGGUUUAGGGGGUUUUGGAUUUAAGGUUUGGGUUUAGGGUCUACGGUUUGGGUUUAGACCUUCAAGGUUAGGGUUUAGGUAGCUUCGUUAUGGACGAUGGUUUGGUUUUACAAUUUGGGUUUAGAAUUUGGAUUUAGGGGGUUUAGGGUUUAAGUAGCUCCGUUUGAGUCUAUGGUUUGGGUUAAGAAUUUGUGUUUAUGGUUUGGGUUUAUGGUUUACAGUUUUGGUUUAGGGUUUAGGUAGUUCCAUUAUGGUUUAUGGUUUGAGUUAAGAAGUUGGGUUUAGGGUUUGGGUUUAAGGUUUAAGGGUUAUCUUUUAAGACUAUAUUACAUUUUAUAUAGUAUAGUAUAGCAUGUGCAUUGGAAUCAUUUGCACGCACACGCGCUUCGGAGGUUAUUACGGACAAUUUUAGGUGAACUUGUCACAUCGAUGGGUUUUUACUGUAGAAUGGCUAUAUUCUUCAUUUUAGUGCUCCUUAUGAGUAUUCAGCAAAUUGUCCCUAAAAGUAUAUGUGAUAUCUAUGUUAUUAUAAUAUUAAAAUAUUUUGUUAAUUAGGUUAUACAAAAGUAAACUAAGAUUUUGUUGACAAAAAAAAACACUAAGGUUUUAAAAAAUAAAUAAAAACUAUGAUUUUGCCAAUCAACAAUUACAAAACAGUGUGUUAUAUUGAUUUGGUCGGGCAGAAAGAUUAAAACUUACUAGAGAUUGACCCGCACGCCCGUGCGGGUGUUAAUUUUUACGGUUUUAUAAAUUAUUUGUUAUUUUAUCAUUAGUGUUAUAUAUUUAAGAUGUGUCGUCGUAUAACUAAUUGUAUUCAAAAUAUUUGGAUUGAAUCGGGUAAUAAGAUUAUUUUUGGUACAAAUAUACACUCUUUUCAGAUACAUUGGUUAAUUAAAUAUUUUUAUAUUUCUACACAUCAAAAUCAAAAUCAUUCAGACCCGA